AUGACGACCCUGAGUGACUUCUCUACCAUCAACCUCAACAAACUCAACGGAAAAAAUCCUGCGCGCCUCGAAAAUUGUGUCAACGGAAAAUGGUACACUCCGUCCAAAUCAGUUGUUGUCCCUGACCCGUUGAACGGAGAACCCUUUAUUGUGGCACCAGAUACCCAACCAGAUGAGCUGCUUCCGUUCAUCGAGAGCAUGAAAAUGGUCCCGAAAACAGGCACCCACAACAUCUACAAAUCUCCCGAGAGGUUUCAGCUUUAUGGUGAUAUUAACCGCAGAGUUGCUCAAGCCCUGCAUGUCCCUGAAAUCGAAGACUUCUUUACGAAAUGCAUUCAGCGCGUAAUGCCAAAAUCUCGAAUUCAGGCUGCUGGUGAAGUAAUUGUAGUUCGAAAAUUCUUCGAAAAUUUCAGUGGAGAUAAUGUUCGCAUGUUGAUGAGAGGGUUUUUCCAGGCCGGCGAUCAUGAAGGACAACGCACAAUGGGACACAGAUGGCCUUAUGGUCCCGUCGCAAUCAUUUCACCAUUCAACUUCCCACUAGAAAUUCCUGUUAUGCAAUUUGCCGCCGCUGCGAUGGUUGGGAACAAACCAGUUGUGAAGGCUGAAAGUCGCACUGCUCUGCCAGUUGAACAGUUCUUGAGGUUGAUGCAUGCGUGUGGCCUGCCUAAGGACGCCAUUGAUCUGAUCCACUGCAAGGGGUCUGUGAUGUCCGACCUGCUCACACGAGUUGAUUUUCGCAUGACGCAAUUCACCGGUGGUAUGACUGCUGCCCAUAAGGUGACAGAAGCUACGAAAGGAAAGGUGAAACUUGAGGAUGCUGGUUUCGAUUGGAAGAUUUUGGGACCGAUUCGACGGAAACCAGAGGACGAUAUUGAGAAAAUGGUUUCCUACGUUGCAUGGCAGUGUGAUCAAGACGCCUACGCUAUGGCGGGACAAAAGUGCUCGGCACAGUCGAUGCUACUUCUUCACGAUGACUGGGAAAGUCUUGGUUUUCUCGAUCGAAUCGCUGAACAAGCCAAACGUCGCAACCUAUCAGAGUUGACCUUGAGCCCCGUACUCUCCCAUACAAAUGACGACAUCAAGGCACACAUCAAGGCGCUUCUGGAAAUUCCCGGAUCCAAGCUGCUUUUCGGUGGCAAGCCUCUAGAAGGCCAUUCGAUCCCUUCUCAGUACGGCUCGUUCGAACCAACGGCUGUGCUGGUUGAUCUCAGCGCCAUGCUUUCAAGUGAUCGUUUCUUCGAAACAGCCACAACAGAAUUGUUCGGACCGCUUCAGAUCAUCGUCAAAUGGAACAACAGCUUGGAGCCAAAGCUUCUUGAAGCACUUGAAAGGAUUGAUGCCCACUUGACAGCCGCUGUUGUCUCGAACGAUCCUGAGUUUGUCAACAGGAUGUUAGGCCACACAGUCAAUGGAACAACUUACGCCGGAAUCCGAGCACGAACCACCGGCGCUCCACAAAAUCAUUGGUUCGGUCCGGCGGGAACGCCUCUGGCCGCAGGAAUCGGGACGCCUGAAGCAGUUUUGUCAACAUGGACGUGCCAUCGUGAAAUCGUUUUUGACGAGGGCCCUAUCUCCUCUAGCUGGACGCUUCCUCCCCCUUCCUGA